AUUCACGCGUGUUUACACAAAUGAACCAGACAUCUGCGGCUACGCGCUUACCACAGACUCUAGCAAACAACUAAAAUCUACUUUCAAAUUUAAAAAUAAAAUGAGUGAAUAACUUUUUAGAAAACCAAAAUCGGAUUUAAAAAAAUAAAAUACGCAUUGAAUAAUAUGGCGGUAUUAAAAAAGUUUCUGUUUGUUUUUAUGAUUAUGGUGGUAAAUAAGUUUACGAUUGGAUAUGUGCCGAAACAACUACUUCUAUCAGUAUACUACGAGAGCAAAUGUCCUGACAGCAAAAAAUUCAUCCUUAACCAACUAAUGCCUGCGAUGCGUCUACUGCCUAAUAACAUUAUACUGCAGCUAGUACCUUUUGGAAAAGCGAAGAGCAUAGACCAGGGAUACCGUGGAUUUGAAUGUCAACACGGUCCAUCGGAAUGCCUUGGUAACAUGAUACAGAGUUGCGCACUUAAACUCAUGCAAGGAAAAACAGAUUUGCAGAAAACUAAAUACGUGGCUUGUGAAAUGGAAACGUAUGCUGCUGCAGACGGUAAUCUUUCGUGCGUACAACAAGCGAACGUAGACCCUGAUCUAGUGAACCAGUGUAUUGAAACGGGACAAGGUACUGAGCUGCAGCUUGACGCCGAAUUCCUGACUGGACUCAUUAGUCCGAAGUUUAUUCCCACCGUAACUAUUGAUGGAAUCUUCAAUCAGCAAAUCCAGGAUCAUGCACAGAUAGACUUAAUAGGUACUCUGUGUUCCAUCUUAAAAGAGACGAAGAAGUGCGCACAGCAUUACAACAGCAUGGCUCUGAGAUACGUAUUAGUGUAAAAUUGAGGGGGAAAUAAAUUUUAUAUUACAAUAAUGUAUAGGUACAAAUGUCAAAAGAUUUAUUUAUUUCCGUUUAUAAAUAAAUAGUUUAAUAACUAAAACUGGACAAUUCC